UAGAUAUAAUCCAUAGAUAACUAUGUAGUUUGUAAAUAGAUGAACAGAUCGGUAUUAUCAAGUAUAAAAAGACAGAAAUAUAAAACGUUAUUUACAUACAGAUAGAAAGAUAGCAAGUUAAAUAGAUAGAAAGAUAGAAGUAUACAUGAAAUAUAGAUAGAUAGAUAUAUAGAUAGAUAGAUUAAAAGAAAGAAGCUGAGCUAAAGAGUGAGAACUAAGCUGACCUGACCGGAAGCUCAGUUACUCCUCGAGUUUUCAACUUAAACCUGGAAAUAUCAAGUUAAAUGACACUACUGGAGAGAAGCAGUUCUGAACCCCCGGAGGAUAUAAACCUGAAAACAGGAUUAAGAUGUGGGUUUCCGAUCAAAAUUAAUGGAUUUUCUCUGGGUAGUCAGGAGAAUCUUAGCGAUACCUCAGAUAUAUUCGGGGUUACGCUUACCUCUAGAUUCGGCUCCGGAUCCAUAUCCUCCGCUUCUAGCUCUGAGAGGAGGAGAAGUCUCCGGGGAACAACUCCUGUGAAGAUUACAGGGGUUCAGUUUGUCAGAUCUCCGUCCCCGACAAAUGAUCCCUUUGCUACACCCUUCGGACCAGUUCAGAGUAGAAGAGCUCCUCAGGGUAGGUUCGGAGCUAAACGGUCCUUCCCAUCCACGCAAACAUCAUUGGAGUCAAAAAGUCAAUCUAUUAGUAACCUUUCAUAUAGUUCUUCUAUAUUUGAUGCCUCUCCAACCAUUUCUACAGUUAGAACUAACGAUCAUGAAAGGAGUUCGUCGGAAAAAAUUUUCUCCAAUAGGAAGGAAGAACACAUAACUCAGCAUGACAUUCAGUACAAUGAUAUACAAACAACAGAACCAUACAGUACACAGUUUAUUACUACGGAGAGUAAAGAAACAUUUGAAGAGAGUUCUAAAAUAUCGGAGGAAAAUACUAAAACCCAGAUAGUUGAGUCAGAGAAGAAGAAUUUCUUGUUGAAAGAAACAUAUAUUGACAGCUCAGUGAGCCAGACUCCUGUAAAGCUUCAGCGUCCAAGCCAUUUCAGACAAACUUCGCUAUCUGGAGCAGAGAAUUUCUCCAGUAGUCUGGUAAACCUGAUCUCCCAACAUAGAGACCAGGAUACCUUGAGCAAUACGUCCCAGGAAUAUAAAUCUACCUCAUACUCAACCCAACACAAUGAGUCAAGUCGUUCACAAGGAUUAUCAUCAAACCUGGAGGAACAUCCACCUGAUCCGUCCUUUCCAUACAGCUGCAACACCAGCUCUAGUAGUUUAGGACCUGGAUCAGGACUCUGUAGAAAUAUUUCCUCAGAUAAACUAGAAAAUGCAAUCAGUAACAUGGCAGACAAGCUUGAAUCUUUUAAAAAUGAAGUUACACAGAAUGUGAGGAUGGAGAAUAUAGACCAAGCUCUGAGCAACAUGAAGAAAACUCUCAGAUCUCUAAGAACCGAACCUGUCUCCUCUGGUUCUAACCUAGAUGAUGUGAUCUCUAACAUGAAGGAUACUCUGACUAGUAUCAGAUCUGAGGUUAAUCAUAAAACCUUGAGAGAGCUAAACCGUGAGAUGACUCCUUUUGACCUACCAGCAUUGAGCCCAGUUCCACAGAUUCUUGAAGCUAGGAGGGCAAAAAGAUUUAAUGUAGAUGAAGAAAUGAGGAAGGAUUUGGUUACAGUAGAACGGAUAAAACCUGGAUUCUCAGGAAGUGAAAGACUAGACGGAAAUAUAAAAUCUGACUCAAAGAAGUUUGAGGAAAGCCGAUCCUGUAAAUAUCCUGAGCUUGACCCAGAACCUAACUCCGACUCUGAGGACAGCCCAAGGGAGUACAGUGUAGAGGCCAGGAUAUUUAUAAAACAUCAAGGACAGGAUGAAGAUAUACUCAUAGUUUCCAAUGCUCCCAUCAUUAGCUCUGAUACCCCCAUGGAUACACAGGAAGAGGCCGAGAUGAAUCCGAGGAUAACUAACGUAGAGGAACCAGGUUUGAAGUAUAUAUCCUCUGUAUCUGCCUCAACCUCGCUUAUGGCAGACAUGUUUAUAUCAUCCAGACAUAAGACUCUAAUAAAUCAGUGCUUAGCAGAACUGGAACAAAAUGUUAAUCUAACUUCAACUUACUCAGAAAUAUCAGAAACCAACCUUGAAAAAAUGUCCGAAACCAACCUGGAGCAAAGAAAAGAGCAAGGACUAAAAUCAAACCUUGAACAAGGGUUAGAAACCAACCUGGAACAGAAACUCGACUCGUCAGACUAUGAACUUCAGUACAUUAAUAAAACCAGAGGAGUACAGAUAAAAAGAGAGGAGAUUACUAGCAAAGAACACCAGAUACAAACAUCUAUACUAGAACACAGAGCAGAGGAAUCAUCUACUCUGCUUCUGGACGGAGUUGAGGAGACUGAAACCUGGUCAGAAAACCAAACGUUAGAUGAUACUGAUUAUGAAACUGACACUGUGAAAGAGAACCUGGUUAAAUUAGACUCGGAGAACAUAUUCUCCUCUCAACCUGAAAACUCUAAUAAAGCCUUAAUAUUUAUGACAGAGUUUUCCUCCGACAAUGAUUCCUACUCAACCUACUACAACCUGGAGAAAUCUGGAGUUGAGAGGAUCACAAGGUUGGAUGAGAAGAGAUCAAGAAACCGAACCAUUGAUCUUCAUGAUCUUCCAAGUCUAUUCUGGGCCGGCACGGUAAAGGACUACCAUGAACGUCAGUAUGCAAUAACGCAAACAAGCGGAGAACAGACUGAUCAGCAGCUUGAUAUUGGAAAGGAAGAUAGGGUUGCAUGUUCCACAGAGGUGGAGCAUGAUGGCCGGGUCGAACUAGCCAAGGAUGGACUAGGUCUCAUCUUAAAAAGACUGCAGAACAUUGAACUGAAGCUUGACGAGUUAAAAACUAUUGAAACCUCAAUACUUGCGCAUGAUACAAGACGACAUUCCCUUCCUGGAAGAUUUAGUACUAUUCCAGAUGAUACAUUGAACCUGACACACCUGAAUUCAUUCCGACCAGAAAAUCAGGAUGAUUACUGCCUGACAAGAACCCCUACAGGAGAAGAUCUCCAAGACAAGGAUGAACUGGAGGUAAAGAAGGAAGAAGAAGAAUGUAUGCCUCCAGGUGGUUCCAAGGAGAGAGGGGAACAUAAGGAAGAGAAACAUCAUGAAGUUUCUGGAGAUGUUGACGACAGUUCAACCUGUUCAACCCCGACAUUCAUUGAUACGUACUCUAAACCUCAGGAGGUUGGAUAUGAGAGUGAUGUUACAGUUUACCAAGAUGAUCAUGAGUCUGAUUUUGAUAUUGUAAUUGAUGAAAAAUCAGAUAACGACGAUUCAAAUUUAGCCAGAUGGACGUACAAACCAUUUGGUUUGGAUAUUAGUGAGCUCAGUGACUGUACAGAAAGCGAAGACGACGACCCUGAAGCAAGGAAAAAAAGAAUUGAAAGUUUAGCAGCAGCAAUGGUUGACAAGGAUAAGUUGGUUUCUAAACCUGGAUUCAAGAGAGGAGAACUCAACAUGGAGAUUGAUACCUUGUCAGAGCGGAGUGAGGAGGAGGAGGAAGAGGCUUGGAGAAAGAGCAAACCUCAGAGAUCAAGACGACCAUCAGGAAGGAAGCGAAGUAUGUCAAGGGAGAGGAACGCGAAGAUAAGAUAUUGCUGGAGAUGUCAUCAUGCUGGUCAUGAGAACUGGCAGUGUCAGGAGGAUAUUCAACCUGGAGGAUGGUGUCCCAGAUGUCUUGAAUCUACGCAUUGGGAGGAUAGCUGCUGGGUCGAGCAGGCUGGAGUACUUUGUCCUAUAUGUUCUAUACCUGGACACCUACCAUGCGUACAUCAGGCAGCAGAUUUCAGACAGCGUAAACUUGUGAUAGAUACAUUUGGUUGGCUGGCCUUUAGAGAGUGGUUCCAGGAUUUAACUUUCCGAAGUUGGUGGAACUGUUCUGGGUAUACAGGAGUACCCUUAUACAAGAUCAUGCAGAGAAAUCCAGGACAGGAUCUAGACCUAGGGUUCGAGUCCUAGUGUCCUAGGGUCUAGUCCUAAUAUCCUAGGGUUCGAGUCCUAGUUAGUAUCCUAAUGUUCGAGUCCUAGUAUCCUAGAGACGAGUCCUAGUAUCCUAGGGUCGAGUCCUAGAAUCCUAGGGUUCGAGUCCUAGUAUCCUAGAGUUCGACUCCUAGUAUCCUAGGGUUCGAGUCCUAGUAUUCUAGAUUCGAGUCUAGUAUUCCUAGUGUUCGAGUCAUAUUGUAUCCGAGGGUCAAGUCUUAGUAUCUCAGGGUUUGAGUCCUAGUAUCCUAGGUUAGAGUCCUAUUAUAAUAUGUUAGAGUCCUAAGUAUCCUAGGGUUUGAAUCCUAGUAUCUUAGGUUAGAGUCCUAGUAUCCUAGGUUAGAGUCCUAGUAUCCUAGGUUAAAGUCCUAGUAUCCUAGGGUUAGAGUUCUAGUAUCCUAAGGUUUGAAAACACCUAAAAACCGCCAUUUUUAUUCUUUAUAAGAAAUCAAAUUCUAAUUAUUUCAGCGGGGGGAGGGCGGAUUGUUAAAUUGCUCAAUAAUUACGCCGUGUAGAUGUCAGCCAUAUAAAACUGUGCAAUUCAAAAACAAAUCUUAUGAAAAACGCUGAAUUUUAAUUUUAUAUUUUAGAUUAACUGUACAAUAACCAGGUCAAAUUUGUGAAAAUUUCUGAUCGUAUUUUUUGUGAUUUUGUUGUUGAACAAAAUGUAAAGUUUUGCUGUUCAUUAACGCUGUACAGCGUACGGUGUACAGUACGCGUAUAGUGUACAGUUUACUGUAGUGCACGAGUGUAAGUGCAACAUUGAUAAUAUAGUAUGAGGUUAAUCUAACUGUAUGUUGUUUAAACCUUCUCAAUUAUUCCAGUUCACAAUGAAGAAAAAUAUCAUGUUAGAUCAUGCUUUGUAUAAAUCAUAGAAAAUAUAUUUCGGAAUUAUCUA